CUUGUGCAGUGCGUCAGCUUUCCGUUCAAUCCGACCUGCAGACAGAGGGGCACUGGUCCACUUAUUUUCUUAAAUUUCCGUUUGCAUUUCAUCCUGGACACGCUAUAGACGGGCCCAACCAUCCUAAAAAAAAAAAAACUCCUGUAUCUGACUAUUUUGUGGCGUGUUGUCUCAGUUUGGUCGGUGGAACAUCAUGAGAACGGUCGCUCAAAAGAUGUUCCGGACCUGCAACAGACUUUUCUCUAGAAAAACGCCAAAUGAUGUUGUAGAGGCCCAUCCAUCCAACAUUGAGACAGCAGCACACAUGGAAAACAUCCAAAAUUUGUGCAGUUCAUCCAAUCCCACCAGUGUGGAGGCGAUCAGAGAGAGUGUCCACCAUGUGGAGGCAGUCAUGGAGAGGGCCCACCAUGGUGGUGGAUGGCUCCUAUCUGGCAUCCUCUGCAUCAACAUCCUGAUCCUGGGCUGCGCUCUGGUCAGCGGCAGUGCCCUAAACAGUGUGGCCAUUACGACUGUGCACAAGCAAAUCUUCCUAAUCAUCCUCCUUCUCCUUACAAUGUUGUGGAUGCUGUUUUACGCUGCCGUCACCUCCCGGAAGGAGCAAGGAGUCUUGUUCAAAGAUAGCCAUGCGGGGCCUAUGUGGCUCCGAGUUGGACUUUUGCUGUUUGGCCUUCUCAGUUUCCUCAUGGACAUCUUCAAGAUCGCCACCUACGUGGGCUACCUUCACUGUGAUUCUGCUGUUAAAGUUGCCUUCCCUGUGGUGCAAGCUGUAUUUUUGUUGGUCCAGACGUACUUCCUGUGGAUUCAUGCAAAGGACUGUGUGCAGCUACACACAAACUUUACACGGUGUGGGCUCACUCUUAUGCUUUCAACUAACCUGGUGGUGUGGAUGGCAGCUGUGACAGAGGAAUCAGUUCACCAAACUGAGAUUCCUGAGCUAAAUGUCAGCAUCUCUCACAAGAUGUACAGAGCCAGCUAUAGUGGUGAGAAGAAGUGUAAAUGCAGUCACUCGGUGUGCGACACCUUCAAGGAGGCCUUCUACUAUCUGUACCCCUUCAACAUAGAAUAUAGCCUCUUUGCUUCAGCUAUGACCUAUGUUAUGUGGAAAAAUGUUGGUCGACUUGUGGAGGAUCACAGCCACCAUAGCAUGAAGUUCCGUCCAAAGGAUGUGUGUUUGGGACCAUUAACAGGAAUACUCCUGGUGGUGGCAGGACUUGUGACCUUCAUAUUGUACGAGGUGGACAUUCUACAAGAGGAUGAGGAGAAGAGAAACAAGGCCUUGCUGAUUCACUUCAUCAUGAAUAUAGUGAUAGUGAGCCUGAUGUCCCUCUCUACCGUGAUCGGCUGCAUUGUCUACAGACUGGACCACAGGGAGCAUGUAUCGGAGAAAAACCCCACCCGCAGCCUGGACGUGGGUCUGCUGGUGGGUGCUUCGCUGGGACAGUUCAUCAUCAGUUAUUUCUCUAUCGUGGCUGCGGUGGCAACAGGAGCCAGGGGGUACCUGAACGCCCUCAACCUAACCUGGGCUCUGCUGACGGUGCUCCAGCUCGGCCUGCAGAACUACUUCAUCAUCGAAGGUCUCCAUCGGGAGCCCUUCCACGUGAUGCAAGAAGCAGCUCUGCACACAAACGCUUGUGUCGUCCAAGAACACACUGAAAUGAGCAUUGUCAUGGAAAGCAAUAAGUCCAGCUACUUCCUGACUUCAGGUUCAGAUAAGCCAAACUGGAAGAGAAGAGUCUUGAAGGAAGUCUGUGCCUUUCUGCUGCUUGCUAACAUCAUACUGUGGAUCAUGCCUGCCUUUGGUGCCCGUCCCCAGUUUGAUCAUCCCAUCGAGAUAAAAUUCUACAAUUUCACAAUGUGGGCUGCCAUCGUGAAUAUUGGACUUCCUUUUGGGAUCUUCUACCGCAUGCACUCUGUUGCCAGUCUGUUUGAGGUGUACUUAAUCUCUUAGAUGGAUUUAUUUAACUGGACUUAUUUAUAUGCAUGAAGAGUAAUUUAAUGGUCUUCAUUUUUAAAUUGAACUUGUUAAUAAAUUUUAACUUUAAAGAAUGCA